AUGCUUCGUGAGAGAGGGGCCUUUUGUGACAAUCGACCCGGCCCGCCCGCAGUUACAAUAUCACCGCGUGCUCUACGACGUACGCUUCUGUCUGGACUGCUAAUUACAGGGUUUUCAAUGGCAGAGUUCGCAUACGUCCUCCCAGUAACGUCCCGAGCAAUACACCCGUGGAUAAGCUACACUAUAACCAGUCUCACAUAUGGUCUGUCGAUUCUACUAUGGCUUCGCCUGAUUUUUAUCGAUCCGGGCCGACUUCCUCGUGGCUGCCGGUCAGAUGAGGCAGAGAGUGGCACGGAAGCGCCCAUGCGUGCACGGACAGGAGUGAUUUUCCAAGCCGCUGGAAUUGUGUUUGAGACAUCUACAUGCGCUGUCUGCAACCUAACGCUCCCUCCAGAAACUGACCAUUGUGAAGAAACAGAUGAAUGCAUUGUUGCCUUGGAUCAUUAUUGUCCGUGGGUCGGGCUGCCUAUCGGUCUCCGAAACAUGCUGCCUUUCGUUGUGUCUUUGUUGGUUCUCUGCAUCCAUUCUGUAUGGUGUUUUUCUCUGGCUAUUCUCGCCCUGGUUCACGCCAACAAUAUUAAUGAGCUGGCUAUCGCUGGUGCUUGCCUUCUGGGCUCCUUCUUUGGAGGGGCGUUCACUGGAGGCAUGUGCGGCUGGACUCUUUACGACGUUUUCCGAGACAAAUCUCCUAGACUGUAUACUCUUCGUAAUCAACAGUCUGGAAAGGGGAUAAAUGGUAGUAAGUCUGCGGAUGCAGAUCAAUUUCUCAGCAAUCUUGUAGAGGACAUAAACAGUUCUAUUAAAGAUAGGAUGAAAUGGCUGAAACAUACGGGGCUCCGUCGGCUUAUAUUUGGAAGCCACAUGCCCGUCCUUUACUAUCUUUCACCGGACCAGGCAGAACAACAGGCCUGGGCAUGGACCAUAGUUCUCUGCGGAACAAGCCAAUUAUAA